AUGGCCUCAGUACUGCGAUUCUUUCUAAGGCGGUCCUUUCCACUACUAGUUAUCGUCUUGCUCCUCGCUAUUCAACUCAUAUAUACUAGUUACAGCUCAUCGUAUUCGCAACGUCUUCGGACUCUCACUAAUGAUUAUUUAAAGGUGUCCUCUGAGGAGCCCCACCACGAUUCCAACGCCACUUAUGACGAUGAUAUAUCUGAACUGCCGGAGAAAAAUGUUGCCAUAUUUGACAAGCUCAACCAUAAGAACCUUGCGUCCAUGGUUGAUGCCCAUGGCUCAUCAGUGAUAAGUCGUCCAUUAAAAGACAAGUGCAACUUAUAUUUUGAGCAGCUUUAUGAAGAAGACUCCGAUUGGAAAAUCGGUAAUGAGUGGAUGGAGAAUUUCAAUAAAGAGUUAUUUGAAAGUAAAGACCGUUGGAUUGAGUCCCAACUUCGGAAGUUAGAAGCUACUCGUCGUGACAAAUUCGAGCAUGAAAAUGGACACGAUUCUGAAACACCAGAGCUGUGGACGACUGAAUCAGAUGAAAAUCACCUUGAAUUGAAAUAUUAUGCGGAAUUGGAAAAGGGCUCAACGACCCAGUAUACCAUGAUCAAUGAAAUUCACCGUUUAGCAGUGUAUCAAGCAUGUUUUGGUAACGAUGACAAUUCUUCCAGUUAUCAAGCAUUCUUGGAUGACAAUGCUAAUGGUAUAGAAAAUCGCAAUUAUCGCAAUAUUGAAACGAAAAUGUACGGCUGGAUAUCUAGAAAAUUGCCGAUCUUUGUGCACUGGACUGGGGAACAGACUUUAGGACCUCCAACCACCAUGGAAAGCAAUCAUCAAGGAACCAUGAACAAUUUAGAUGAGUCAAUGUUUGACAACAAGUUGAAGUUAUCUUCUAAUAUCGAUGUGGGGUACAAUGAAUCGUUUUUCAAUCAUUUACGCUCAGGAUUUAGUGGUCGGGGUAUUGUAAUGUCCAGUGCUGAUAAAUUCUUUGACGAUACUUUUGCCCUCAUCAGAGCUUUAAGAGCUGUGGGAAACACGAUGCCAAUUCAAAUUGUUCACAAGGGUGAUUUAUCUCCAGCUAAUCAGCUUGAGCUUGUCAAAGUGGCUAGGGAAAACUCAAUUGAAUAUCCAACUGCAGAUUACUCCAAGUUGGAAUCAUUGGCUAGAAAUAACCACGAUAAUUUUCGAUUUAGUAAGAAUUUCCCAAAACAAGAUCUUUGGUUUGUUAACGUUGAUAGAUGUAUUGCUGACGAUUAUAAAGAAUACUUUUCCUCUUACACCAACAAGCUCUUGGCGUAUAUUUUCAAUUCAUUUGAGGAGAUGCUUCUUGUCGACUCUGAUAUUGUUCCUUAUGUCAACCCAAGUUAUUUCUUUGAGACUUCUCAGUACGUUAGCUCACAUUCCUUGUUUUAUAAGGACCGGAGUCAUGAUGAAGAAAUUUCUGAAACCGAUGUUGAUUUUUUCAAAGCAAUGUUGCCAACUGAACUCGAAAAUUGGAUGUUUGGCAUCAAUGCUUCCACUGACAAAACUUUGAAAAACCGAUACAUGGGAAGUCGUUACAAGCAUUAUAUGGAAUCAGGAGUGGUGGCUAUUAACAGAUUAGAGUAUUGGGCUGGUAUUCCAAUCUCUGUUCAAUUAAGUUUCUGGAAACCAGUAAUGGAACGAGUGUGGGGUGACAAGGAACUCUUUUGGCUCUCCCAAAGCAUUGCUGGCAAUGAAAACUACGAAUUCAAUAAAUACCAUGUGGCUGCUGUUGGACCACUCACGAAGGCUGAGAAUCGUAAAGAUCUUAAGGCAAAAGAGUUGUGUGCCACCCACCCGGGGCAUAUUUCCAGCGAUGAUGAUUCUCUUGUAUGGAUCAAUUCCGGGGUCACCACUUGUAAACGUACCGAUGCUUAUGAGCGUGAUUUCGAAUCUCAACGAGAGAAGAAUGGGUUCCAAACUAAAGAAGAGGUGCAGAAGUUCUACCAAGGGACAUUGAAGAUCACUGAUGCCAUCAUUCCUCCUGCCGCGCCAGAAAUUCACAAUGAACUCGGUGAGCCUUCCAAGGGUUGGCUUCCAAGUGAUAUGUGCUGGGGCUAUUUUUGGUGCGCCUACAGUAGCAUAGGGGGUAGUUCUUUGCCAGAACAUCAAGGGUUGGUAUUCAAAUUCGAUGAGAAUAGCGUCCUCUGGCACGACUAUAUAAGCAAGAUAUAUAUGGGAAUUACUAGUGAUUAG